AUGUCUUUGGAGAUGUUUCACAUGAUCUCUCGUGUGAUCCGAUUUGACAAUCGUGAAACCAGAGCUGGUCGUCGCGAGAGAGACAAACUUGCAGCGAUCAGAGAUGUUUGGGAUAAAUGGGUCGAAAUCCUGCCUUUAUUGUAUAAUCCUGUCCCCCAUGUUACUGUGGAUGAGCGCCUCGUACCAUUCAGAGGACGCUGUCCUUUCCGACAGUAUAUGCCAAACAAGCCUGCGAAAUAUGGCAUUAAAAUAUGGGCAGCCUGUGAUGCAAAAUCCAGUUAUGCAUGGAACCUGCAAGUAUAUACUGGAAAGCCACCUGGAGGAGCACCUGAAAAGAAUCAGGGAAUGCGUGUGGUAUUGGAGAUGACUGAAGGGCUGCAAGAACUUCCCAGUGAGAUUCUGAAGAUGCAAGGAAGACCUCUGCAUUCCUCAAAAUUUGUUUUCACAGAGAAAACAACACUUGUUUCUUACUGCCCAAAGAGAAACAAGAAUGUUCUUGUGAUGAGCACAAUGCACAAAGAUGCAUCUCUGAGCACGAGAGAGGACAUGAAGCCACAAAUGAUCCUGGAUUACAACUCCACCAAAGGAGGAGUUGACAAUCUUGACAAAGUCAUAGCAACAUAUAGCUGCCAGCGCAAGACUGCCCGUUGGCCCUUGGUGGUUUUCUACAACAUUGUGGACGUGUCUGCUUACAAUGCCUAUGUGCUGUGGAUUGAGAUCAACCAGCAGUGGAAUGCCAGCAAACUGUACCGACGUCGACUUUUCCUGGAAGAACUAGGCAAAGCACUCGUCACUCCCAAGAUCCAGAACCGGGCCAGGCCAGCUCGAUCCCCAGCAGCUGCAGCUGUCAUCACAAAAGUCCAGGGCAGGGCAUCUGACCAACCAACAAUGGAUCCUUUGGAUAUAGGUGCAAAGAAACGCAAAAGAUGUCAAUUCCGCUGCUCUAUCACCCUCACUUUAGCUGAAAAAGGGGCCACGGACUAG